CAGGCCAAGUUUGAGCUGAUCACCUCCGAGGCCUCCUACAUCCACAGCCUGUCGGUGGCUGUGGGCCACUUCCUGGGCUCCGCUGAGCUGAGCGAGUGUCUGGGGGCGCAGGACAAGCAGUGGCUAUUUUCCAAACUGCCUGAGGUCAAGAGCACCAGCGAGAGGUUCCUGCAGGACCUGGAGCAGCGUCUGGAGGCGGAUGUGCUGCGCUUCAGCGUCUGCGAUGCGGUGCUGCACCACUGCCCGGCCUUCCGCCGCGUCUACCUGCCCUACGUCACCAACCAGGCGUACCAGGAGCGCACCUACCAGCGCCUGCUCCUGGAGAACCCCAAGUUCCCUGGCAUCCUGGCCCGCCUGGAGGAGUCUCCCGUGUGCCAGCGGCUGCCCCUUACCUCCUUCCUCAUCCUGCCCUUUCAGAGGAUCACCCGCCUCAAGAUGCUGGUGGAGAACAUCCUGAAGCGGACUGCGCAGGGCUCCCAGGACGAAGACAUGGCCACCAAGGCCUUCAAUGCGCUCAAGGAGCUGGUGCAGGAGUGCAACGCCAGUGUGCAGUCCAUGAAGAGGACGGAAGAACUCAUCCACCUGAGCAAGAAGAUCCACUUUGAGGGCAGGAUCUUCCCACUGAUCUCUCAGGCCCGCUGGCUGGUCCGGCACGGGGAGCUGGUGGAGCUGGCACCACUGCCCGCGGCGCCGCCUGCCAAGCUGAAGCUGUCCAGCAAAGCCGUCUACCUGCACCUGUUCAAUGAUUGCCUGCUGCUGUCCCGGCGGAAGGAGCUGGGGAAGUUUGCCGUCUUCAUCCACGCCAAGAUGGCGGAGCUGCAGGUCCGGGACCUGAGCCUGAAGUUGCAGGGCAUCCCUGGCCACGUGUUCCUCCUGCAGCUGCUCCCCAGGCAGCACGCCAAGCACCAGUUCCUGCUGCGGGCCCGCACGGAAAGUGAGAAGCAGCGAUGGAUCUCAGCCCUGUGCCCCUCCAGCAGCCGGGAGGACAAGGAGGUCAUCGGUGAGGGGGAAGACCGCGCCCAGGUUCAGUGUGUCAGGACAUACAAGGCCUUGCAGCCCGAUGAGCUGACCCUGGAGAAGACGGACAUCCUUGCGGUACGGAUGCGGACCAGUGACGGCUGGCUCCAGGGGGUCCGCCUGGCCGAUGGCGAGAAGGGCUGGGUGCCCCAGGCCCACGUGGAGGAGAUCAGCAGCCUCAGUGCCCGUCUCCGCAACCUCCGGGAGAUCGAGCGGGUCACGAAUGCUGCCAGCAAGCUGGGGGAGCCCCCCGCGUGAGGGGCUCGGCUCUGUGCCCAGCCGCCUGACAGCUCCGUGUGGCUGCGACGUCCCCAAGCGCAGGCCACCACUGCCGGCCUCUCUGCCUGUGGCCCCGGCCUCAAGGGCCCAUGCCCGGUGCAAGACUGGACCCCUGAGGGUCCCCCUUCCUGUACACUCUGCAGUAUCCAUUCGGGAGGGCUGUGGACAGCUUAUUCCUCGGGCGUGGGCGCCACGGCAGGUCUCGCUCCCUCCUGUGCCUUCCU